UUAACAAAACAAGAAAAAAAAAACACGCUUGUCCAUCUCUCUUCUUCGCUGACGAUGGCUAUCAAGCAACAGAGAUUUCUCCGAUUCCGUUGUUUGGGAGUAAAAUUAGUGUGAAAUUGUGGUUUCUCCGAUCCCGUUGUUUCUCUGAUUUCUCUGGUUUAAGUGUGAAAGUGAAGAACCCUAAAAAUCAUUGCUUUAUUAAAAAAUUUGAAACGCAUCGAUGGAUUCGGCGUUUGUGGACAGAGCUUGGGACGAAUGGGAUACUACGGGUAACAUCGGUUCUUCCGGUAAGUUCUCCGAUUUACGUUUAUCUCUCGAUUAGGUUUUUGUUUUCUUCUUCUUGUUUGGGAAGAUUUUGAAAAGAAGAAGAACCCAGAAAAAAAAAAAAAAAAGAAUUCUUUUUGGUGAUUUGAUUGUUAAAAUUUGUUCAUACAAUCCAUUAAAGGCUGCUAUUUUGAUUAACUAUGAUCCUACAAGACAUUCUCGUCUCUUAUCAACAAUGUAAGCUAAUUCAUAAACUUUGAUGUAUGCUUCUAUAUAUGAUUUAGAUAAGAGUUCUUGAGGCUUAAUUUUGAAUUUGCAAACAUAAUAACAUCGAUUCAUGAGAAUUGGUUAGUUGCUCGGUGUUUAAAAACUUCCUAGCCUGCUGGUGAAGGAGCUAUUGUUAUGCAGACUUCGGCUUACGUGUUGACCGAGAAGCUGAAACAAGAGGAAAAGAAAACAAAGAAGCUGCAGGACAAUGUGCAGUCUUUACAGCUACGCCUCACUCCUAGAGAACACAUAUGCAGAGGACUUCAAGAUAAGGUGGGUAAUGGAUAUUCCCGUAUUUACUAUGGUGGGUGAGUGGAAAUGCAAAGAAGAAGAAUGGAAAUUUGAACCAUGGGAAGGCUGGUUUGGUUGUUGUGUACGUGUUAGGCAAAACAUGACGUACACGGCAUUUGUACGUACAUUAUGCGAGGUUUUCAGUUUGAAGUCCACCAAAUGCAAUCCAAUAAUUAGUUACUGGAUGCCGGGAAAGAUGUCAGUGAUGAUAGAAAGUAAACGCCCUCCUGUCUACAUUGACAAUCAAAUGAGCUUGGAUACCUUCUUUUUGAUUCGUGGUGGGGAUCCUAGUGUCACCUUGUUUGUCUCUUUCAUUACAACCGUCAAGGCACUCGGGAAUACUGUCCCUAGGACCGAUGGUGAGAGUUACCGUGUGUGUGGGAGUGCAACGACACCAAAUCCCAUCGUAGCGGCUUCAAAUGUAGAUGGAAAUAAUGAGGCCGUAGAUGAGCAAGACGACGUUGAAGACGAUAAAACAGAUGAGGAUGAAGAAGAGGAGGAGGACAACAAAGAUGGUGCUGGGUAUGAUGAUUAUCAGGGUGAUGAUGGAUCUAUGGGGGGAAGUACCCUCGAUCCUACUAUAGACGGUAGUGAAGGCAGUGGCGAAGAUUACGAUUACAACAAGUGGAACGAUGUAAUUAUUGAAGAAUAUGGAAUAGGGAAUGUUGAGGAGGACGUCAUUCUCACUCAACAAACGGUUCAACAUCCAGGGGAAUUCAGUCGUCUAUUGGCAGAGUGUACGUACACAAGUCAUCGUGUACGUGGGGGAGAUAACUCGGUUGACCGUACACCAUCGGUGACUCCAAGACGUACGUGUCAACAUGGUUUGUACCAAUGUACGUACACAACAUAAUGUGUACAAGAUACAGGCUGCGAAGGUAACACCGAUACCAAUAUUAAUGGUAUAAACAAAGUCUCUAGGGAUGAUGUUAUCGACCGUGGUAUUGGAGCUUCCCCAAGUGGGACACUAAAUGAUAAUCGGCUACUUACUGCACCUGGCGGAGAUAACAUUUCUCAUUCGGGUGACCGUACACCAACCGUGACUCCAAGACGUACGUGUCAACAUGGUUUGUACCAAUGUACGUACACUACAGAGUGUGUACAAGAUACAGGCUGCGAAGGUAACACGGAUAACAAUAUUAAUGGUAUAUACGAAGUCACUAUCGACCGUGGUAUUGGAGCUUCCGCAAGUGGGGCACUGAAUGAUAAUUGGUUAGUUACCGCAGCUGAGGCUUACGAAGUGUAUAAUGACUUUUCUACAUUACAUGGUGGCGAGUUGGAGAUUCUCGAUAAUGAUGCUGCUCCGGUAUUCGAUGAUUUAGCCAAUUUACGAGAUGAUGAGACACAAGUCGAACUGAGUACGACAGGUGAGACUUUGUAUGUUGGGAGUGUUUUUAAGAACAGAAAAGUCAUACAACAAACAAUGUCUUAUCUCGCAAUCAAAAAAUGCUUUUGCUACAAGCAACGUAGGUCAUGACCUACAAGAUUGGAGAUGGUCUGCGUUGAUUAUACUUGUCCAUGGCAUUUGACAGCUCAAGAUGUCAAGAAUUCAGAAUGUUUCAAAAUCACAUCGUAUGAUACCACCCAUACGUGUGACAUCGACACUCGUAAGAAUUAUAAUAAACAUGCUAGUUAUAAGCUUCUCGGAGAGGUAGUGAAGAGCAGAUACAGUUCUACGCAAGGGGGUCCGAGAGCUGUCGAUUUACCACAGUUGCUCCUAAAUGAUCUCAAUGUUCGGAUUUCAUAUUCUACCGCUUGGAGAGCUAAAGAGGUUGCAGUGGAAAAUGUAAGGGGGGAUGAUAUAAAAAGUUACAGGUUUUUGCCUACCUAUUUGUAUCUUCUUAAAUUAGCUAAUCCGGGUACGAUAACUCACCUACACUCUACACCUGAAGCUGAUGGUACGCAGCGCUUUAAGUAUGUUUUUGUAUCUCUCGGGGCUUCUAUAAAAGGUCUGAAGUAUAUGAGGAAGGUAAUUGUCGUAGAUGGAACGCAGCUAGUAGGACGUUACAAGGGAUGUCUCCUCAUUGCAUGUGCCCAAGACGGGAACUUCCAAAUAUUUCCAAUAGCGUUUGGUGUUGUGGAUGGUGAGACUGACGCUUCAUGGGUGUGGUUCUUUGAAAAAUUAGCUGACAUUGUUCCAGACAGUGAAGAUUUAAUGAUUGUAUCAGACAGACAUUCUUCAAUAUAUAAAGGCAUCAGUGUGGUUUAUCCGAAAGCUCAUCAUGGUGCAUGUGCAGUACACCUUGAGCGAAAUAUCUCCACCUAUUAUGGUAAGUAUGGUGUAUCUGGAUUAUUCUUCAGCGCUGCUAAAGCUUAAAGAGUGAGAGAUUUUGAAAAAUACUUCGAACAAUUAAGGGCUAAGAGUGCUGCAUGCGCAAAUUACUUAGAGGAAAUUGGAUUUGAGCAUUGGACAAGAGCUCACUGUAAAGGGGAACGCUACAAUAUCAUGUCUAGCAACAACUCGGAGUCUAUGAAUAAUGUCUUAACAAGAGCCAAAUCAUAUCCGAUUGUGUACAUGAUAGAGUUCAUUCGAGAGGUCCUAAUGCGAUGGUUCGCAGCGAGGAGGCAAAAAGUGGCUAGGUGUAAGUCUUUAGUGACGCCUGAGGUUGAUGAGCGUUUUCUCUAAGAUUUGCCUGCGUCAGGGAAAUUCGCGGUUAAGAUGUCUGGACCGUGGAGUUAUCAAGUUACAAGCAAGUCAGGUGAGCAUUUUCAUGUCGUUCUGGACGAGUGUACGUGUACGUGUCUUAGGUACACAAAGUUGAGAAUCCCAUGUGAACACGGUCUAGCAGCUGCAAUCGAGUUUGGAAUAGAUCCGAAGGUUGUUGUCGGAUGGUGGUAUGGCCUUCAAACGUUUUCCGAUUCUUUUCAAGAACCGAUUCUACCUAUCGCGGAUCCGAAGGAUGUUGUCAUCCCACAACAUAUAUCGGAUUUGAUACUAAUUCCUCCAUACAGUAGACGACCACCAGGAAGACCAACAACCAAAAGGAUUCCAUCUAGAGGUGAAAACCGGAAAAAGAGACAGAAAAGACUUAUUCCGAAUCAGUGCACACGAUGUAGACAAGCAGGUCAUAACAAGAAGACUUGCAAAAAUCCUAUUUAGUUCUCCUCAUAAGCUUUAUGUCUCCGCGAAGAUAGUGUACGUUUAUGUGUGGACAGUGUGUACCAAAGUGUUGUGACGGUGUACGUACGUUUAAUGUUUGCCAUCGUAUAACUAUGUACGUUUUCU